AUGCCUCCCAAGGGUUCUAAGAAGGCUGCUGCCGCUCCUCCCGCCACACCCAAGGCCGAGUCUGGCGAUGAGGGCGCCGUCGCUACUCCCAGCACCGUCAAGAAGACCCCCAGAAAGCCCAGAGCUCCUCCCAAGCCUUUCAGCAAGCUCUCAACUGCUCUUAGUGGCGCCGCUCCUGUAGACGUUACUUACGAAAAUGAGACCGUCCAAAGCAAGAUUCUGGCCAAGGAAGCCGGCUUCGGUCAGACUAUCAAACUGGUUGCUCCUCAGCCUUUCGAGCUUGUUGCUUCGUACAUGCUUGACAACGGCCUUCAGGCAAUCGUCAUCAAGCCCAGCGCACCCUUCCCUUUCUUGGAACUGUCUGCCCACCUGCGCGCCAGAAUUCUGAAGCUCAACCUUGCCCCUACCACCAACAAGGGCAAGAUUGAGUUCCAGACCGAGGCCAAGAGUGGCAACGUGAAGGCCAAGGACUACCUCAAGGAGUUCAAGCACAGAACCGCUAUCGCUAUCUUGAACAAGCAGAUUGCUGUUGAGGCGCGUGGUAUCCUUUACGCUACCAAGCUUCGCUUCGACAACACUACUACUCUUCUCAACUUCCUCAGCAUGGUCGGAGAAGAUGCUCGCAAGGCUAUGUCAACCAUCAUCAUCGCCAACUACCUCAAGGCUACCGCUAUGCCUUGCAUGAACAUGUUGGCCGACUGCCGCAACCUGCAGAAGAUCACCAUCGUUGGCGGUGUCGGCGUCAACAGCAACCCUCAGAAGGCUGCCAAGAACUUCUUCACUGAGAGCGGCCGCCUGCUUCAGGCCAUCGUCAACGCUGCUGACGGUGACAAGAACGCUGCUCUCGCCGUCGUCAACUUCGGCAAGAACUGCUUCACCAUGAAGGAGGAGGACGAGGUUGUUGGAUGGGACGACGAGAACAUCGAGACCUUCGUUGAAGAAGUCACCGACAAGCUCAAGUAA